AUGACUUUAACCCGCUCGCAAACGGGGAAGACCCCUAAAAAAAUGGAUCGUCCCGGCUUCGUUGAGACCCCCGGCGGCCGUCGUGCCACCCGCAACAGUUCUGUCUUGGGAAGUAGCGAGAAUGAGGCCUCCCUCUCCCCUUCCCCCUCUCUCUCGAGAUCCAAAUCCGCCUCCCGCCGUCGUGCUGCAGUCAAAAUCAAGACCGAGGAGGAUGAUACGCCGGUGAAGGUCACGCCCAAUGGCAAGACUACCGACACCAAGCCCGAGUCCCCAUCUCGCGUGAUAGACGGUUGGGAGGAAGGCCUCGAUCCCAAGGUCGAUUAUAGCGGACACUUUGAAUUCGGUGGCUCCUUGGGUGUGCUGUCCAUGAUGAUCGGAUUCCCCAUGCUCAUGUACUACAUGUGGAUUGGUGCCACCUACUACAACGGCAAAUUCCCUCGCCCCGCGGAGAACGAGAGUUAUGGCGACUUUUUCGCACACUUGGUCGAUCUCAUCUACACCGGUGCUUUCCCAUCGGUAAAGGCAUGGACUAUCUACUGGGUUUUCUUCAUCUUCGAGGGUGCUUGUUACGUGCUGCUUCCCGGUGUAAGUGUCUCCGGUCGACCCCUGCCACACAUGGGUGGCAAGCAGCUGCCAUAUUACUGCUCUGGUGUGUGGUCUUUCUACACCAGCAUUGCAUUGGCACUCAUUGCGCACGUGACUGGGGUUUUCAAGCUGUAUACCAUCAUUGAUGAGUUCGGUCCCUUGCUCACCGUUGCCAUCCUCUCUGGAUAUAUUGUCUCAUUCAUUGCCUACUUCUCGGCUUUGGCGCGUGGCGCAGAGCACCGUAUGACUGGCUACCCGAUCUAUGACUUCUUCAUGGGUGCGGAGCUUAACCCCCGCAUGUUCAAGAUCCUCGACUUCAAGAUGUUCUUCGAGGUCCGUCUCCCGUGGUACAUCCUUCUCGGCCUGUCUAUGGGUGCCGCGGCCCGCCAAUGGGAAAUGUAUGGUUAUGUGUCUGGCGAGGUUAUGUUCCUUGUCAUGGCCCACUACCUUUACGCCAAUGCCUGCUCCAAGGGUGAGGAGUGCAUUGUUUCCACCUGGGAUAUGUACUACGAGAAGUGGGGCUUCAUGCUGAUCUUCUGGAACUUGGCCGGUGUGCCUCUGAGCUACUGCCACUGCACCAUUUACCUCGCCAAUCACGACCCUGCUGAAUACCGCUGGAACCGCUACUUCCUUGCCUUCCUCUUUGUCGCGUAUCUGUUUGUCUACUGGGUGUGGGAUACCACCAACAGCCAGAAGAACCGUUUCCGCCAGCAGGAGCGUGGUACUAUAGUCACCCGCAACACCUUCCCUCAGCUUCCUUGGCAGACAGUGGAGAACCCCAAGACUCUUACUGCGGCUGAUGGCUCCAAGAUUCUUAUAGAUGGGUGGUAUGGAAAGGCCCGCAAGAUCCACUACACGUGCGAUCUUUACUUCGCCCUGAACUGGGGCUUGAUUACCGGAUUCUCAAGCCCAUUCCCUUGGUUCUACCCUGUUUUCUUCGCUUGCAUGAUCAGCCACCGUGCUCUUCGUGAUAUCCAGCGGUGUCGUACCAAGUACGGCGAGACUUGGCUUGAAUACGAACGUCAGGUGCCUUACCUGUUCAUUCCUUAUCUCUUCUAA